CGCUGUGCAGUACGCGGUGAAUAGCUACAUGAUGUUCAUGUAGCUUUAUUUUGGAGCCCGUUCCAGGAAGUCGUUCUUUAUCUGUGGUGUUUUAUCUUAACUCGAGUGCUGUCAAAAUUCGUAAUCUUAUUUGCAACUUGGACGAGUCCACACCGCUUGUUGAGUCAUGUCUCGUCGGAGCUGUCGCCUGGCGUCCACAGGCUACUACAACUCGGAUGAUGAAUCUGACUCGAGUAGCGUGACCAACAUCUCAUACCGGGAGAACCCCGUCAAGGUUUUCAAGAAGAAAGUGGGGACCCGCAAGGCUGCCCCUCGUGCCUCCACCAGUUCCAGCAGCUUACAGUCGCCUUCCACCAAAGCCCGCAGACCUUCCCUAAGAACCCAAACAGAUCUGACCAUGGGAAGCGUGUCCUACGCCACGCCCAGGGCCACGCCCCGACCCGCCCUGAUCGCGGCGUCAUCGACAACGCAUCAGACCGCCACCUGCUCGCCACCGCCGCCUCCAGAGAGAAUCCGCAGCUCCGGCCAGGCUGUCGUCUACCUCCGAUCGGAACACAAGGAGCAGGAUAAGAACUGUGUAGACAGUUCGGGCUACUCCUCCUCUGAGGGCAUCAACCUGAAACCUCCAACACCGACCACAACCGGUGACAGCGCCAGCACCAGCACCAGCAAAGUUAAAAGUAACAACGAGGCUCCCAGUGUCGGGUACAGACGACGAAUCAACAGCGCCCUCUCUGGUGUGAAGGACUCGCUAUCAACAUGGACUACAAAGAUAAACCAUCUGAGCACUUUUGCAGCUAACCGAUCCUUCCUCAGUGCCCAAACAAAGAAGACUUGCAUUGUCCUCACGCUCCUCUCUGUCGUUUCGGCUUGUGUGUGGUUCCUCCCUCCCUUGUUACCCCCGUUCUCCACCCUCACGGAUUUCGUCAAGUCCCAUUCGCAGACCUCCAAACUGACGCAGCACUCCGUUCGACCAACCUUGAUGCCUCCUCCACCCAGCAAGGACUCCGUCAAACUGCCUUCUGAUAUAGAAGCCAAGGUGCACAAUAUUUGGGAGGCUCUCCAGCAGAAGCAGGAGCUCCUCAACAAGAUGAGGGAGCAGUUUGAGAACAACAUGCAGAAUAUGUGGGACUACAUCAAGUCGGUGGAAUCCAACAGUGCGAAAAAUCUGGACCACGAGGUCACCUUAUUGGGCAAGAAGAUCAGCGAUCAGGAACAGGAUUUUCAGUCCCUGUCGGGCCUCAAUGACAGAAUGAAAGAUUUAGAGACUCAAAUUUCUGAGUUGUCGACCCAGUUGCAGUCCAUCCAAUCAGAACCUCCCGCGACGCCGAUUCCUGACAUCUCUGCCCCAAAUGAGCUCACGCCAGAGCUCCAGCAGGCCAUGGAGAAGUGGCUCAGUGACCACAUCCAGGCGCAGAAGGCGGUAAACCUACAGGAUAAAGGGGUCAUCGCCUCAGGGUGCGCACAGCCUUUCGCUAACAAAAUGGCUGACUUUGCACUAGAGACUCAAGGUGCCAGUGUGAUCGGCACCCGCUGUUCUGAAACAUAUCGCACCCGCUCAGCCUGUCUGAGCUUGUUUGGAUUCCCCUUGUGGUACCCGUCAGAGAGCCCGCGCACUGUCAUUCAGGGAGAUCCAGUGCUUCCAGGCAAAUGUUGGGCCUUUCACGGUGCCCACGGGACUCUGGUCAUCGCCCUGUCUCACCCCAUAAGGAUAACCCAUGUGACGCUUGACCACGUGCCGCGUCAUAUCACCCCCACCGACGGAAUCGACUCUGCACCCAAGGAUUUUGAGGUCUAUGGUUUGAAGGAUGAGGUGGAAGAAGGAACAAUGCUGGGAACGUUCAGAUAUAACGAGGACGGCCAACCCACGCAGACGUUUGAGCUGCCCCCGAGCGACGUGAUCUAUCGCGUGGUGGAGCUGCGCGUCCUCAGCAACUGGGGUCACAUGGAGUACACGUGCCUCUACCGCUUCCGAGUGCACGGGACUUUAGCAACGGCGACAUGAUGGCGGCACACGCAACUCAACCGGCGGAUGAAAAUGGUGAGUUCCACCACUCCCGCCGCUUAAGGCCACCACUGACCCUUCUUCAAAUAUCGUCGCUGUCUGACGAAAAGUGUCACAUUUGGGUCAAUACAUAGCAAAACUGGUUCUCAACUUCAGUUUAGUCGCCUUUAAUAUCAUUAGAGGAUGUGAAGAAUAUCAGAUCAAAAUUAUACACACCCGCUCAAAAACUUGCUUUUGUGCUUCUGAUAUAAUACUUGAAUUUUUUUUUUAAUCUUAGCGUCACGUUGAUCAAUGUUGCCUGUCCUUCUGUGACCUUUUAAAAAGCACUUGAAUUUUCUAUGAACGCAAAGUCAGGAAAGAUGACAAUGUAUUUUAUGUGAGAAAACAUAUUUUAGCCAACUCAUGCUUGUGUCACAUUGUCACAUAGAUAUUUAUCAAUGAUGUACAGGAUGUUAGGGGCAAAAAAAAGUAAAAAAAAAUACUCAAGAGAACAUGAUGAGAAUAAAGUCAGCCCCCCCCAACAUUUCAUACAAUUUAAAAAAUUAUAUGUAUUUUUUUAGGGAAAGUGUGAUCAGACAAGAAUAACAACAUAAAAUGUAAUUCAUGAAAAGUCACAUUUUUCCUUUUUUUUCUUCUUAGUAAAUUGUGCAUUUUGGUUUUGUCAAGAUACUACAUGAUACUAUUUAUUCAAUCACAUUCUGAGCUGUUUGAUCUAAAAUGAUUAGUUUUUCCCCUUUUGGUGUCUUAAUGGUACGCUCUUAUUUUGUAAUUUUAUUCUUUUAAAUAUCCUUUUUUUUUAAUACAAGUUACGCCUUAAUUCAAUUCCUCCUUAAAACUAAAAGUGUUUCAUCAAGAUAUUUCUGUUUUUUGCACUAUUAUGGGCUUAUCCUAGCUGACUUCAAAUGACGGGCGAAAAAAAAUUACACAUAAUUGUAAAAACUAACCGUCAGUGUUGGGCGGAAUGUUCCGAUGUCUGUGGUCAAUUUAAUAUUUUUUUCACAAAUCAAUCACCACAUGGGUCUGUUAAUUAUAUAUUGGGGUCCCCCCCCCCCCCAAAUUAUUCAAAAGUGUUGGUAAUGGAUCACUCUUUGAAACUGCAAUGUGUUUGAGCUGUUGUUUUUUUGUUUUGCAAUAUAACUUUAUUGUCACUAUUUUGACAUUAUUCUCAUAAUUAUUUCACUGUGUUCUCAUUUUUAAAUUCUUUUCAGUGAUGUUAAACUAUACUUUGUAAUCUUGAAAAUGACCCACAUGGUUGUACAUUUGCCUCACAAAAAAAAGUUUGAUUCAUGCUUAUCUUCUUACUAUCUACUGCAGACUAAUCCUGCUCUUAAUGACACUUGAUGCAGCGAUAUGAAAUGAAAACAUACUGUUCUUGAAGAACAUGUAGAACAAAGACAGUGCUACUUUGGAUAGUGGAAAAGCCCCCGUGCCAUUUUCCUGCAGUUUGAAAAGUCGUGUUUGCGUGAUGGUAAAGUUUAUAUGGGAAAAGUUGAUCCUGAUAUAUAUAUAUAUAUAUAUAUAUAUAUAUAUAUAUAAUAUAUUGGUCUGAAACUGAUGUAUGCUAUUUGCUAAGUUAUUUGUAACAAUGGUAUGGACAUUGUUUUUAAACUACUUAAUACAAAGAUGCUUUUAAUCACUCUCUUGAGUGUUUGGAAUAAAAAUAAUAUGUCCUUGUCAA